CUGAGGAAGACUGGGGGCCAAGCUGCAGAGCAAGAGGAUGUGAUAGACUUCUCUGGGCCACCAAAAAGAAGGAGGAACCACAAGGUACCCUCAGGGUGAAUUAGAAACACCAGGAAAAAAGUGAUCGACUCAAGAGGAGCACAAGGGAUCUGGAUGUCCCAGGCUGUCCUUUUGACUCUCCAAGGUGUUGUUCCUGUUGUGGGACUACCUGUCACUUGCUGAGUCCAGCCCUACGACAGCCCUUUGUUAACGAGAGAGUCAGUGUCUGUCUGGGGACGCCGCUCAGCCAGGCAUUUUCUGAUCUCCUCAAUGUCCCAUUUGUAGAGGGUGGAGAUGAAGACACGUGAAGUGUGACAUCUGUUUACUUUUCAUAAAAGCCCUUAAAAAAGGAAACUCGCUGAUCUCUAGUUGUGACUCAAUCGCCGAAGUCUCAGGAUGGAUGAGAAGGAGCCUGUGGACCAUGAGGACCCUCCUACCACAGAUGUGUGGUCAACUGCAGACCAGCACGCUGCAUGCAGAGGCUUGAAGGUUCAGCCUGGAGAAAGUUUACAUGACACCAUGAAGGAGAACGAGAAGUACCACGUCACUUCUGAUCAGGAGAAAGGUGUCCACAUCAUCAACAUCAAAGCCAUUGAAGACAUCGGCUACAUCCAGCCGGACACCUUGUUGUUGAAUUCCCUGGGUGCCGAUCAAGACUCUGCCUGUAAACAUGGUAUAUGUUUCAGAGAUGGCCAGAGGAAAGUGGACUAUAUUUUGGCUUACACCUACAAGAAGUCUUCAGGUAGCAGAACACCAAGUAGAAAGUCUCUCCACAGUAACUCUUUGCACAUGUCUCGGAAUAGUAAAGACAGUCAUCAUCUUCCUGGAGGAACUGGUGACGUAGAGUAUGCAGAAACUGAACCCAAGAUGGAUUACCAUGAAGAUGACAAGAGGUUCCGUAGAGAAGAGUUUGAGGGUAACUUGAUGGAGACUGGUCUGGAACUGGAGAAAGAUGAUGAGACUAAAAUGCACGGCGUGGGGUUUGUGAAGAUUCAUGCUCCCUGGAAUGUUCUCUGCAGAGAAGCUGAGUUUAUGAAACUUAAGAUGCCAACGAAGAAGGUCUAUCACUUAAAUCAGAACCAGGGCCUGAUGCACAAACUCAACUCCGUCUUACAGAAAAUAACUGAACCAAUACGGCCCAAGGUUGCUGGUCACCGACCACAGACAGUCAAACAUCUCUCUUACCCUUUUUCCAGGGAAAAACAGCAUAUGUUCGAUAUGUCAGACAGAGAGUCGUUCUUCGACAGCAAAACAAGAAGCUCAAUUGUGUAUGAAAUCUUGAAAAGGACAACCUGUACCAAAGCCAAAUACAGCAUGGGAAUUACCAGCCUACUUGCUAAUGGCGUGUACAGCGCUGCCUAUCCGCUACACGAUGGAGAUUACGAAAAUGGUGCUGAACCCAAUGACCGGAAGCUUUUGUGUGACGAGUGGGCCAGUUAUGGUGCUUUUUACAAGUAUCAACCUGUCGACCUGGUCCGGAAAUAUUUUGGGGAGAAGAUUGCCCUGUACUUUGCCUGGCUCGGAGUGUACACUCAGAUGCUUAUUCCUGCUUCCGUCGUGGGGAUCAUUGUGUUCCUUUAUGGAUGUGCGACUGUAGAUGAAGACAUCCCAAGCAUGGAGAUGUGUGACCAGCGGAACAAUAUUACCAUGUGCCCCUUAUGUGACAAGACCUGUAACUACUGGAAGAUCAGCUCUGCCUGUGCCACAGCCCGUGCCAGUCAUCUCUUCGACAACCCAGCCACAGUCUUCUUCUCUGUCUUCAUGGCUUUAUGGGCUGCCACAUUCAUGGAGCACUGGAAACGGCGACAAAUGAGGCUCAACUACAGAUGGGACCUGACCGGAUUUGAAGAAGAAGAAGGCACAGUCAAGGACCACCCCAGGGCAGAGUAUGAGGCUAAAGUCCUUCAGAAAUCACUGAAGAAGGAGCGCAGGCGCAAAGAGAAGCAUCAGCCUGUUCCUGAGGACAACACAAACAAGUGGAGGCAGAGAGUUAAGACAGCCAUGGCUGGGGUGAAAUUGACUGAGAAGGAGAAGUUAACAUGGAGGGACAGAGUUCCUGCCUAUGUCACAAACAUGGUCAGCAUUGUCUUCAUGAUUGGACUGACAUUUGCCAUUGUCUUUGGCGUCAUUGUAUAUCGAGUCUCCACGGCGGCUGCAUUGGCCAUGAGUUCUAAUCCUUCUGCCCGUGCCAAUGUCCGAGUGACUGUGACUGCGACCGCCGUCAUCAUUAACCUGGUGGUGAUUCUGAUUCUGGAUGAGGUAUAUGGCUGCAUAGCAAGAUGGCUAACCCAGAUUGAGGUUCCAAAAACAGACAAGACGUUUGAGGAACGCUUGAUAUUCAAGGCUUUUCUUCUGAAGUUCGUCAAUGCUUACACGCCCAUCUUUUACGUUGCUUUCUUCAAGGGGCGGUUUGUUGGCCGCCCAGGAGACUACGUCUAUAUUUUUGGCUCCUUUAGAAUGGAAGAGUGCGCCCCUGGUGGUUGUUUAAUGGAACUGUGCAUCCAGUUGAGCAUCAUCAUGUUGGGGAAGCAGCUGAUCCAGAACAAUCUUUUCGAGAUAGGCAUCCCGAAGUUGAAGAAGCUGAUCAGAUAUUUAAAGUCCAGAAGACAGACCUACAUGGAUCAUGAUGACCAUGUGAAGAGAAAACAACGUUAUGAAUUGGAUUAUGACCUGGAACCUUUUGCUGGACUUACUCCAGAGUAUAUGGAAAUGAUCAUCCAGUUUGGAUUCGUCACCUUGUUUGUUGCCUCCUUCCCUUUGGCUCCUUUGUUUGCCUUGCUGAACAACAUCAUCGAAAUAAGACUGGACGCCAAGAAAUUCGUCACCGAGCUCAGACGACCGGUGGCUGUCAGAGCAAAGGACAUUGGCAUUUGGUAUAAUAUUCUGCGAGGCAUUGGGAAGCUUGCAGUUAUAAUAAACGCCUUUGUGAUCUCAUUCACCUCUGACUUCAUUCCACGCCUCGUGUACCUGUACAUGUACAGUCCAGACGGCACCAUGCAUGGCUUUCUCAACAACACACUUGCCUACUUUAAUGUCAGUGACUUUAAACCUGGUACCGCGCCAAACAUUGACCAGGACAUAGGAUACCCGGUGGAGAUCUGCAGGUACAAAGAUUACAGGGAAGUUCCAUGGUCUGAGAAUAAAUACGAUAUCACAAAGGAAUUCUGGGCCGUUUUGGCUGCAAGAUUGGCCUUUGUCAUUGUUUUUCAGAAUCUGGUCAUGUUCAUGAGCGACUUUGUCGACUGGAUAAUCCCAGACAUUCCCAAGGACAUCAGUGAACAGAUCCACAGGGAGAAAGUCUUAAUGGUUGAGGUGUUCUUGAAGGAAGAGCAGGGAAAAUUGCAAAUGCUGGAAACCUGGAAGGAACACCAUGAUAAGAAAAAAGUUGAAAACUGCAACAACCAAAGCCCUAGUCGCUCCCGCUGCAACACAGGGAGCACAACCUCAGCGUACUCUCAGCGUGUGGACGUGUAGAAUAAAUCAUCUGGGGGACACGUUGUUUGGGCAUUCAUUCCACUGACAGGAAGGUCAUCCAUGGUUUGACUCUUGAGCAUUUACCAGCUCUUGUCUGUGCACCCCAUCUUGGCUCCCGGCUCGUGUGGCCAGAGGACCACGCUCCUUGGGGACGAGCAGUGCAGCAGGGGAUUUCCUGACCGGCUUGAUGACUUCAGUGUCGCCACUGGCAUCUGCAUGUUGUACAGUAGCAGUAGAAUGUAUUUCCUCUGUCUUGGGUAUAUUGUGCCUUCUGGCUGGGUCACUUGCGGAACAUUUUCAGCUUUCUUUGCAGAGACUUGCAGACUUUUAUUUUAAGUUAGACUUGGAUGGGACUUCACGGAUCUCUGACGGACAGCUCGUUGCUGACAUUCCUCCUGAGUAAUCUGUGAAUCUGGCGGAGUCUCCUAAAAAAAAUAUAUAUAUAUUUGAUAAGACUCUUGGAGUUCUCCUUUUUUUAGCCAAAUUUGACAUUGUCCUUGGUGAGAUGCUCGUUUUGUGGCACCCAAUUCUAUGGAGAAGCAUUUCCUUAAUGUUCUGGACUGGCACGUAUCCUUCAGCACUACAGGGGUGAAGCUCGCAGAGAUGAUAUUUUUUUUAGACACUACCUAUGCAAUGUAAAGACGCCCCUUUUUCUUUAUGUGAAACUUUUAUAAUCUAUUUAUUGAUUCAAAGUUUAUUGUCAAACUGAUCUAUUCCUGUUUGUCAACUACCAUUUACGAAGACGAUCGUCCCUGGUUUAACCUAUGAUGUGCUAUGGAUUGUGAGGCGCCUCUUGUGGUUAGUGCUUCCUGGUAGCUUCUGAGGUUUAUUUCUAGGAAAUAUGGGUAACAUUUUGUAAUAAUUAGUAUUCCUAUUGCUUUUGUAAGCGGUUCUCAGUCCAUCCCUGAGGUGGUAAUGCAUGUGUUCCAGAAUGUCUUGAAGGUCACCCGUUGACUCUAAGGGAAAACUUUCUGUGAGCCUAUCGCAUACAUAGUGAGCCGAAUUAUCUAUCAUCAUCUACUAUACCAGGCCACGAAACCUCUUGUACAUCACUGGAGGAUGGCCAAAACUUUGGUUCCAUCCACUCAAUGGCUGCCCCACCACCUGCAGAUUAGGAGUACACAUUACAUAUACUGUAUUGUCCAGAACUUCAAGGUCCCCAAAAACAGUAUAAAAAACCUACAGUUCUGAUGGUCUCCUCCCUGGAGUUUCAUCCAAGGGUUUUGAGGAUCUCUAAUGAAGAGCAGCUGUAUAGCUGGCUAUACAGGGCUAUACCAUACAUUUCGGCCACCUAGUUAGAUGCGUAGAGUAGAUAUGGCAAGGUCUCAAGGGAUUUUUUUGGGUCCCUGGCAGCAGACGGUGCCCUUCGUCCUUGUAUUGUUCUCCCCAGUCUUUGUCUUCCCAUAGUUGGAUCUCCUUAUAUUCAACAUUUAGAUCGGGUAGGGGUGGUAUGAAAAGUGGUAAUGUUAUGCAGAAUAAAUGACCUCUCAAUAGUAUAUAAAAAAUAAAAAUCGCAUUAAUUUACUAAUCAUCCAGAGUUUCCAUUGGAUCUCCAUUACAUCUGAAGAAUGUCUCAAGCCUGGACCACAAAAGCAUGGUUGUCUCCUGUCCAUAGGUUGUACGUGGUAUUGCUGCUUGGUCCUGUUCACAUUUGUAGGAGCUUAGCUGCCAUACCAGACACAACCCAUAGACCGGUGUGGUGCUGUUUGUAGAAGAAAGCAGACAUGUUUUUGUAGUUUGGAGGUAUGGAUUGACUGGGCAAGAUCCUCCGGUUGUAUAGUGAAUGUAAACCAGUAGCAGUACAGUUGGUGUCCAGAAGACUCCAUACCAUAAUGCAAUGGUGGAUCUCCAGAAGAACAAUCCUACCACUCUAAGGUUUUGGGACGCUCUUCGUGGUCCUUAUCCUUGGGACCUAACUCCUGGUGCUCACACCGUCCAGUGUCCUCUAAACCACGACAUUCCUGUAUAAUUGUGUAACCACCGGCCAUGUACACCUAUGACUGCUGUGGGAGAAGGAUGGCAUCGCAUAAGCAUGAAUGUAAAUGAUUACUGACCUUCUGUAUAAAGCAAGGUGGCACGUUGUCAUUAGUCAAGUUCCUUAAGUGUUGAGUGUGCGUGUUUUUUUUUUAAAGAAAGGUUGUAAAUCUAUAUAAAUCUAUUCUAGAAAAUUAUUUCGAUCCUAUUCAUAAUAAAGUAAAUAUACAAUU